AUGCUCGCCGUGCGAUCACGGCAUUACCGGUCGUCGACCUCGGCUUCGGCGGCCCAGACCUCGAAGGCGGCUGAAGUCCUCCAGAGCCUCCUCGACCGUCUUGUAGCUACGACGAAAGCGCCGGGAGCCAACGGUUAUCCCGACAUAGACGAGCUGAUAGACCACAUAAGAAGGAUACACCAACAUAUAGCAGCAGCGCGACCUCCCUCCCCACCACAAGACGACUUCCGCCAUCUGCACGGCUUCCAGACCCUUCUCGAUGUCCUGCGAUCAUUCUCGGGCUUCUAUAACCCGCAAAAGCGCACCGAAUCCGAGCGAGUUGGCUUGUUCGACUUGCUACAUGUCAUCCUGGCCACCAUAUCGGCCCUCUUCCGAGGACACCCCGGCAAUAGACGCUAUUUCCAGGACAGGGUUGAAGGGGGAGGUUGGGAGGCCCUGGAGCAGAUAAUCGCCAGCAUUGGGGUUGGAGGAGGCGACUCGGAUCUCUGGACAAACUGUCAGCUAUUUGGAAAGCUGCUUUCUUUUUCCCUCGAUGAUCAACGUCUCGACGAGCUGUGCCGCUCCGUUGCCGAAGAAGGAAAAGCACUCGAACAGACGCCGACCGAGCUCGAAUCAGAUAAACAGGAUGAAGUACCGGGACAAAAAGAAGAGGUGGAACUACAACCUACAGAAGCUGAGCGCUGGGUCAUUAUUCAGGAGAGGUUGAAAGCCAUUAUUGGGCCGACAACUGUUAUUCAGAAUGCAGAGAUUAUCCGGACGAUUGUGGGAUUUUGGGAGUCCAUUCCGAGAGCUGAGGGUGCUGCGGCCAGCCACGCUUCCAUGAUCGUGCUGACAGCCUUGUCAUGCGUCGCCUCUGUGUCGUUCUACAACUUAACAGCCAUUCACGGAACUGGCAUACUGUCCCGGCUUUUGCGCGUGCUCUUUUCCGAGAACAGCCUGCUUGCAGAGGCAGAGCAGAAAGACGCUGCGUGGCUUUGCAGAAAGCUGAUAUCGCUUGGAAUUGACGAGCUUGCAGAUGCCCAGUUCUUGCUCUCUCGCCAGGACGCUGUCAUGUCCGAGUUUUGCCUGGACAUGUCGGAAAAGCACAAUGGUCCUCCGUUUGUGCAGUUUGACCUCUCACUCCAUGGCCAUGCCUCUAUCGAGCUACCUAGUCUCGGCAGAACCUUCCCGCCACAAUCAGCGCCUGGAUAUACAUUUACUGCUUGGGUCCGUGUUGACAGGUUCGACCCCAAGUCUCAUACAACGCUUUUCGGGGUCUUCGACUCUACCCAAACAUGUUUCCUCUUGGCGUACCUAGAAAAAGAUACAAAGAACUUCAUCCUUCAGACGUCAGUAACGUCUUCAAGACCCAGUGUCAGAUUCAAGUCGGUUGUCUUCAAACCAAAUCGGUGGUAUCACAUUGCCAUCGUUCAUCGGAAACCCAAAACUUUGAUGACGAGCAAAGCGAGUCUUUUUGUAAAUGGAGAGUUCGCCGAACAGAUACGCUCAUCGUACCCGAGCACACCUCCACUUUCCAACGCCAGUACCGACAGCUUCGCAUCUUUCACGUCUAAUGCCAACAAAACGAACCCUGUGCAGGCCUUCCUGGGCACUCCUCGAGACUUGGCCACUCAAGUCGGCCCGGGGCUUGUACACUCAAAGUGGUCACUUGCUUCUGCUCACUUGUUCGAGGAUGUCAUGAGUGAUGAUCUCUUAGCUGUGCACUACCGACUGGGACCUCGUUACCAAGGUAACUUCCAGGAUUGUCUUGGUAGCUUCCAGACUUACGAGGCCUCGGCUGCUUUGGGUCUGCGAAAUGAAAUCUUCCAUCCUGGCAAAGAUGAGGUGUCGGACAUCCUGAGAGCUAUCAGGGACAAGGCUGGAACUAUCGUUCCGGAGCACAAGGUGUUAUUGAGUAUACUUCCACGAGCUGUGUUCCGAUCCGACGGAAAGUUCAUGGAAUCAACGCUGUUUCGAUCUCUCUCUCGGCACUCCGUCACCAACUUGUUGCACUCAACCACUAAAAAUGGGACUCCUGUUGCGAUAAACGGAGCCGUGUCCUGCAUUAAUGACGCGUUGAUAAGAGCCAAUGGUUCUGGAGUUCUUACCGGCGACCCGGUCCUUGCUACUCCCUACAACUUCGACGACAAUCUUUGGCGCUUGGCCGGCUUCACACCCGUUGCUCUUAAGAUUGUUGAGCGGACCACCACAGGUGAUGACCUCGUGCGUGCCGUUGAGAUAAUGCUCCACUGCAUCACCCAUAGCUGGAGAAACAGCGAGGCAAUGGAACGAGACAAUGGCUAUGCCAUCCUGAGCAUGUUACUACGUGCCAAACUGGGAUAUGGCGUAUCUGUUUCUGACAAUCCUUCAUGGAGGCUCUCACUGAGCCCCGAUGAGAAGACCAGGCUCACCUUUCAGUUGCUGAGCCUUGUGCUGAGUUUUGUUGGCUAUAAUCAUGCUGACCCCAUUGAGUCGUUUAUCGUGAACCCUCUUGCCUAUCGCAUCCUUUUGAUCGACCCCGACUUCUGGCGCAAAUCUGCACCCAUGAUACAGGAGCUAUACUACAAGCAGUUUGUUACGUUUGCGGUAAACAGCAAGCACCACCAAUUCAAUAGUCGUAGACUUCUACGCAUGCGUAUUAUCAAGCGGCUAUUAGACGCUUUGAAGACGGAAACCAUCUCCGAAGACAUCUUACCACACUUCCUGACCUCAUUCGAGGCCCUGAUAAGGUGUAGUUAUAGUGCCGAAGUUUAUCGCUCUCUUGCUCUUUUCAUCACUUAUACCUUCCAUACUCCUGCAAACUCAUUGCCGCGAACACCAAGAGCCCUUUCUUCAGCUAGUCGAUCAGUCACCCCCGGCCCCGGCCCUUAUACCGCCAAGCGACCUUCUCCCGAAUAUAGCGGGCCGUCUUCCAGCAAUGGCUCGAGGAUGCUCACACGAAAACAGCUCGGCGUGAAAAUGCUGGAAAUGUACACCAGGAUCCUCUGCGAAAAGAACAACUCGGUGGACAUUAGCAGGUUUGCCAAGACGGUGACCAACAAGGUGAUUGAUAUCAAGGGCUCAGAAAAGGAGUUCGUGCUGACGACGAGCCAGUGGCUACUCUACCUGCUCGCCGAAAACGAUCCCGAAAUUGUCGUCUAUGGAUGCAAGAUCCUCGCUCGCCUGCUUGUCACCCAACCCACCAGCUACACAGCCAAGUUCGCUUCCAAGACCGGUGGCUUUUGGAUCAUGGCACAUCGGUUAAAACACUGGUGGGACAUUCCCACUCUUUGGGCCAUCCUCUUUAGUAUCCUCUUUGGAUACGAUGUCGCCCAAAUCGACUUUGACAAGUCGUUCGACUUCUUCAGCCUCUUGGAGAUCUUUGGAGACAGCAAAGUGGUAUACCCAGACGUGCUCCCGGUUAUGACUGCCAUGCUGCAGCACGGCCUUAGGGAUGUUCUUAGGUAUCAGGAUGAUCCGGACUCACCAGCAGCCGAACACAGCGGGGCCACUACGUCUGGGGGCAAUCUAGCUGCGGUUCAUACGAGACCUAGAGCUAGAUCUAUGGAGUUGGGCCAGGCCCUUGAAUCCAGAAGAGCCCCCAUGCCCGAUAAAGAAAGAGUCGUCAAUCACGCGAGCAUUUUGCAAACGGUUGUCCGUUUCAUGGCAGAUAUGUACAGCCGAUCCGAGAGCUUUCGUGAUUUCGCGUUGGCAUCAGACUAUGUUCGGCUACUUUUAUCUGCUUUGUAUCCCAUUGUCGUCAGUGCUGACCCAGUCUCACCCGAAACUGAACUUGGAUCUAAGGACUCCCCGCUCAAUUUCGACGGAAUUGAUGUGAUUAUUCGGCCAGUGGUCAGGUCAUCAUCAUCAGCAACUCCGAUCGUGCGAACGACCAAUACUGCCGUGGCUGAGCAGCCAAACCCUUCAGCGGGACAAAGUCGCGGUACACCUUUGCGCAGGCCGUCGUCUUUCAUCCUCGUAGCUCAAGAUCAACCCAUGUCUCCUCCACCUUCCCGUCUCAAUCACGUCAUGUCUCCGAAGAAGAAGGUUGCCACUCAGCAAGUAAGCAACGUGGUUUUGGAGAGCAUCCUGGAACUCAUCAUCAGCGUCUUCAACGACCAGAUCUUAUCACGUAAGGACUUUACGGGAUUCGGUCUUUUCCUCAAGGUUCCGCCGGGCUUCCAGGAGCAUCAGGCGUAUUUCGAAACCUACAUCCUACGCAAUGCCAUUACGCAACUGAGAAACGCUGUCCAACUAGACCAGAAGGCGCUUCUGGAACCUAGGGUUUUACAGAAUAUGUCACGCCUCAACAUGCACAUGGCCGAGGCCAUCUUUGAGGGCUGGUUCAUCAAUGGCGCUGAGACCAUGCUUGACUUCACUGGGACACUAUUGGAGUAUCUACAGCGGCCAGAUGUCUCAAGCACGAAGAGUGUCCGACUUUGCAGUUCUGCAGUCAACACGAUCAGGACAACGUUCCUCAAGCUUGUCCUACUGAAGCUGUCCGACAUGGAUGACCCGCAAACAACUGACCAAGAGGCCACGUCGAUCAUGGAGAAACUCCUUUACUGGCAAGCCGUCCUCCUUAACUGCUUGUCUCUGGAUGACGACUUUAUGAAGCUUCUCUGGUAUCAGUUUUACAACAAGCUGGUCGACGCCCGUGAACCAAUUCGUCUCAUGGCAGCAAUGCUGUGGCGGAUAAUGCUUGUUCAGAAGCCCGAGGAGUCAUCGAUGCUAUUUCGUCAGUUUAUGACCCCUGAUCAACAGCCACUAGCCAGGGGCUUCAGAAGGCUCACCCAGCUGGAUGAUGUAUCGUUUCUUGAGUGGGUGGACAGUUAUCGGUCAUCCCUCGAUAUCUUGUUCUUCGGUGGCAUGUCCAAGGCGUGGGAGGACUAUGUGCGUGCCGAGAACCAGCGCACGGCAGACACCGCUAGGUCGCGGAUGAGGAAUCGCAAAGAUAAGCUCAGACAAUGGCAUACCGAAGCCAUGGAGCGCGAUAGCAUCUUGCUUCGGCAUGAGAUGAGCAAUAACGCGUGGAUGAAGAGCAUCUACUUUACUGAACAUUUCAAACACCAGAGGCUCCAGCAGGACCAGCAGGAUGAUAAUGCCUUUUUGGCUUCAUCGUUUACAAAGAUGGAGCGCGAGCUGUACCGGCCUGGUGCGGUGUUUGCCAAGGAGCAGAAAAUCAAAUGGAAGCUUGAUCGUACGGAGGGUCGGAAUCGCAUGCGUCUCCGCCUGCUCCCCGAUUAUGCUGCACAGCAACAACCGGAUUAUCAACCGAGGGGAAAUGCUGGUAGCGGCGCUCCAGCUUCAAGUCUAGCUGCGGGUGACAGCUCGUCGUCUGGCCGUAGGAGCCGCGCGCCUUCAUCCGUUGCCCAGCCGCAGAGCAAAGCCGGAGCCGAGCCCCCAAGUGACUCCAACACAAACCUGGCGCCCAAAUUUGCGCCAGGCGAUUCUGACCAACAAAGCGUUUCACCAGAGGAUGACUACGAGCUUGUGGAUGACCCGAACGAACAGGAAGAUGAUACCUUUGAAGACAAGAAUCGGAAGGUCAUGCGGCGACUACAGCAAGGUGACACAGUGCAGAACGUCUACAACAUCUCUCGCAUCAUUGGCUUGGAUGCAUCCGAGGGUAUACUGAUCAUUGGCAAGGAAGCUUUGUACCUGAUGGAUAACCUUUUCCAGAGCCCCGAUGGAGAGAUCAUAAAUGUCUGGCAAGCACCUCCGGAAGAGCGCGACCCUUUCUCUGUUAUGAUCUCCGGUCAGAGCAAUGACCGCAGGCAAGGCCAGAACCGCACAGAUCAAGAGUCGCGCAGCUGGAGAUGGCAGGAUGUCCUUAGUGUCUCAAAACGUCGCUUCCUCUUCCGCGAUGUGGCAAUCGAGAUAUUCUUCACUGAUGGUAGGAGUUACCUAUUCACAGCUCUCAACUCUGCCAUGAGAGACGAGAUCUACAGCCGAAUGAUGAACAAGACGCCUCAUAGCAACGGCCCGAACUUGCUACCCACGCCGGAAGAUGCCUGGCGUCUUGAAAGUCUCAAGUUCAGUGAAGAGGCACCGCAGACUCUGGGCAUGAAGUUUGGAAGCAUCUUUAACUCUUCUGCUGGGAACCCUAUGAUGAGGAAGUGGCAAAAGGGCGAAAUUUCCAACUUUCAUUAUUUGAUGUUGGUCAACACCAUGGCUGGCAGGACCUUCAAUGAUCUUACGCAGUAUCCCGUCUUCCCUUGGGUGCUGGCAGAUUAUACCAGCGAGGAACUCGAUCUGAAUGACCCGGCCACGUUCAGAGAUCUCUCGAAGCCCAUGGGCGCUCAAACGAAGAGUCGUAUGGACACAUUCAUGGCCAAGUACCAAAGCUUGGCUGAGAUGGACGAACAACCGUACCAUUAUGGUACCCACUACUCGUCAGCGAUGAUUGUUUCGUCAUACUUGAUUCGCCUGCCUCCUUUCGUGCAGACAUUCAUCCUGAUGCAGGGUGGCUCGUUUGACCACGCUGACAGACUCUUCUAUUCAAUCGAGGGUGCUUGGGCAUCCGCUUCAAGAGACAACGGUACCGACGUUCGUGAACUGACUCCCGAGUUCUUCUACCUUCCCGAGUUUCUGACCAACAUCAACGGGUACAACUUUGGCACUCGUCAGGGCGAUGGUGGCAAGGUCGAUAAUGUCAUUCUACCACCCUGGGCCAAGGGAGAUCCCAAGAUCUUCAUUGCCAAAAACCGUGAAGCGCUCGAGAGUCCGUAUGUCAGUCAGAGGUUGCACCAGUGGAUCGAUCUUAUUUUCGGAUACAAGCAGCGCGGAGAUGCGGCGGUGGAAGCCUGCAAUGUGUUCCACCCGUUAUCGUACAAGGGCGGCAAAGACCUGGACAACAUCUCUGAUCCCCAAGAGCGUCUUAUUGCCACGAACAUCAUUCACAACUUUGGUCAGACACCACACCAGGUGUUCACAAAACCCCAUCCCGCUCGCGAGCACGCAAGGUGUCCCAUCAAGAGGCUGGACACCUCCGUCCACGCUCUGACCAACCAACCGCAUCCCCUUCUUGACAGCCACGAACGCGUGUCGUCCCUAAUCUACGCACCCAAGCUGGACCGCUUGCUCUGCGCUUCGCCUUUCCGUCUGAACCUGCCCCCACAAUACGACAAGUUCCUCGAAUGGGGCUACGCCGACGGCAGCGUGCGAUUCUUCUUCACGAACGACCGCAAGCCCGCCGGCCUCUUUGAGAACCUGCACAUAGGGCAGAUCUCCACCCUGACCUUCGCCGACUCCAAGACCCUCAUCACCGCCGGCGAGGACUGCGUCGUGUCCGUGUACACAGUCCAGUCCAGCCCCGGCAAACCCGUAGAGCUGGUCCCGCGCUCGUCCCUAUUCGGACACAAGACGCCCGUGACCACCAUCGCCGUGUCCAAGGCCUUUAGCACCUUCGUCACCGUCUCGCAGGAUGGUAUUUCUUUUCUCUGGGACCUCAACCGCCUCGAGUUCAUCCGCAAACUGCCCCUGGCAAGACCGGUAGAGUGUGCGCGCAUCCACGACGUGACGGGCGAGAUCAUGCUCUGCAGCGGGCCGAACGUGUUGCUCUACACGCUCAACGGCGAGCUAAUCCUCGACCAAAACGUGUGCUCCGAGGGUGACACGAACGACUACAUUCACUCAUGCGCCUUCUACGAAGGCACCAGCACCAGCACCGUCGGCGGCGGCGGCAACGAGUGGGUGGAGGAGAACCUGGUGUUCACCGGCCACAAGAGAGGCAGGGUGAACGUGUGGAGGAAGACGGUGGCAGAGUAUAAGAAGGCUUCGGCUUCGGGAGGUAGCAGCAGCAGCAGCAGGUGGGUGCUGGAGCUGGUCAGGAGGUUGGAUCAUAUCAAUACCAAGAGCGAGACGGGACAAAAUGUGGAGGCGGCGAUUACGUGUAUUACGCCGAUGCCGAGUUGUGUUUAUACGGGCGAUGAUGAUGGGCGCGUGUAUGAGUGGAACCUGAUUCAGCGGGAGCGAUAGUGCGACAGGGCUGUAUAUAUCAGAGUAUGGAAAAGCAGAUGUGAAGGCGACGAUGGUAAGCUGUUAGAAGACUUCUUGUGGGUGGUAGGAGAGGAAGAGGAGUAGUUCUGAUGGAAAUGGGAAAGGCACCAUUUUGAUGGAGAAGCAUAGAUAUAGGGAACAGCGAUUUAC